GGGUGUAAACAGUACCAUUUCUUGGGAUAUUCAGUUAUUUUCCCUUUCCCUAUCGUCAACUUGCCAGCAAGUGCCGCCGUCCCUACCACUACUAUCGGCACUUCCCAUGAGAGGAGCUGCGGAAACCAAUCCAAAGCCCCCCGCAGCUUCCUUGCCCUCAGCAAUCGCGACGCCCUGCGGAUCAGACUCCUCAGGGCCGUCCUCCUCCCCCACAAUGGAGCUUUCUAGGAUGCUAUCGACAUCCUGGCCUAGCUCCUCGGCGAAGCCUAGCAGCAUGUUUCUCUUCACGUAUGGGCCCCGCGAGCCCCAUUACCGCACCGUCUUGCGGACCUCGCUCUCGACCGGGACCACUCCCCAUUUCUCCUCCACCGUUCUACACGGCUCGGAGGACGGGGAACGGGCACAGAUCCUGCGCAGCCUGAUCCCAGCCAUAGCGCUCGGGUCCAAGAUCCUCAUUGACGAGAUGGUGCUGCCCAACACGGGCGUGCACUGGUGGUCGGCGUCUAUGGACCUGCACAUGUACACGAUGCUGGGCUCCAUGGAGCAGAACGAGGACUAGUGGAUGAGCCCACGGCGAUCGCUGCUCCAUGUUCCAAACUGCCGAAGCUCUCGCGCCCAAGCAGGAUUGCGGGGAGAGAUUAUGGCCCUGUAACUGUGCACUUGACGCUGCGCAGAAGAACCACGCGUCACAAUCUUCACAACCCGAGAGGCUCGAGGCGGGCGAGUUUGAGUAGGUUAGUGGAUUUCCGCGCCGUCGAACCCGCCCCUUGUUGCUGAGGAUAUGCCCCUGAGAGAGACCAGAGGAAAAUGGGGAACAAGUUG